AAAAAUACAGGUAACAGCCAAACCAAAUGCCUAUCCCUACAAUUAAAGAUUCCCCAUUUUUCUCCUCACUACCUUCCAACUCCCCUUUAUUAUAAACCAAAAUCCAAUACUCUUUUGCUGUACGCAUUCAGUAAAUCCCAUUUUCUAUCCAAAAAAAAAAACAACAAAAAAAGAGGGAGAAGAAAAAUGGAGGGAUUAUCAGUAUCAAAGAAUUUAUACAGUGGAUUAAAGGGUUACUGGAGGAGGAAGAGGAAAGGGUACGAGAGGCUAAGCGGAGCGGGUCGGAGAAGGAAGAACCGGGUCGAAUAUUUAUCCACAGAGAAGAAGAGAAGGUUCUGGAAGAUAAAUCUGAGGCCAAGGCUGAAACUGAAUCUGAAACUGAAACGAUUUUCGCUGAAGAAAUUGCUUGUGAAUAUGCGUGAUGCGUAUGUGAACAUGAUGUUAAAGAUUGCUAAUUCAAGGGUUAUGAGCAGCGGUGGAUUUGGUGGAUUAACAGGUGAUUAUGGAGUUAGUGGAUUCGGAAUGAGGCAAUUCAAAGAGUAUGAUGAGAAGAUGAUUGUGGAGAUUUAUAGAUCUAUGGUUAUUGCACAGGGACAGUUGGUUAAUCGCGAUGCUUCUGCUGCUGCUGCUACAAAAUUUGGCACUGAGAUUAUGUGCCAACCAUAAUUAUUUCGACAAGAAAAUGUGGGAUUAUUAUAUUCGGGGCGUUUGGGGGCCGACUCCAGAUGCAAGGGCGUCGCGAAAUAAGGAUUUGACCGGUUUGAGGUAAGUAAUGAUUGUAAAUCUAGUCCUGAGGGUAU